AUGAGUAAAGUAAUAGUUGGCACAGUAAUAAUUUUUCUAGGAUUAAUGAUUUGUUAUUGGUUAAGAAAGAAAAAUAAUAAAAAAAGGAUUGGUAGAUUAGAAAGAGUUUUAGGCGAAAGUGAUUAUCAAAGAUUAGCAAUUGCCUCUUUUGAAAAGUGUUUAGAUUGUGGAGGAUGUGCCAUGGAUAGUAAAGGUUGUUGUUCUAAUUGUGUAAAAAGUGUAAAUUCUUCGGAAAAUAAUAAUAGCACAGAAGCACAUUGUCAAGGACAUAACCACGAACAUAAGCAUCAUAACCAUUCUAAUUGA